AACCUUAAAAAACAGCACAACGCUACACGCUGUUUUCUCCUUUUGUUCUCUUCUUGAGUGAGCGGCGCGCUCACAACUGUAGAAGCGUGGUGCCAACUGGGAGUGAGGCUGUCUCAUUGGUUCCUGCCUCCUUCCUUUACCAAAUUUGUCAUUCUUCUGACGUUUGCAUAAACCCUCCUCCUUCCUCCCCGCUCCAUUUCCGGGUGUAAAAUCAAGAUAGAUCAGCUAUUCCUCACUCCUUAUAAGCCCUCUUCCCUUUCUUCGCAUCAAUCAGGACUCAUCUUUACGCAGAUCACAGACGACACCAGAAAACAAAUCUGAGAAUUUGAAAACACGCAGUGUGCUGAAAUGCACGCGAAGACGGAUUCGGAGGUGACGAGCCUCGCCCUGUCGUCGCCGACCAGAUCUCCGCGGAGACCGGUGUACUAUGUCCAGAGCCCCUCGCGGGAUUCCCACGAUGGAGAGAAGACGACGACGUCGUUCCACUCCACGCCGGUGCUCAGCCCGAUGGGGUCGCCGCCGCACUCUCACUCCUCCGUCGGCCGCCACUCUAGGGAGUCCUCCUCCAGUAGAUUCUCCGGAUCCUUGAAGCCUGGAUCUCGCAAGAUCUCCCCUAACGACGCCUCUCGCGGCGCGCCCAGUAAAGGACAGAAGCCAUGGAAGGAGUUCGACGUCAUCGAAGAAGAGGGUCUUCUCGAAGACGGCGAAAUUCGCAGGGGCAUCCCUCGCCGGUGCUAUUAUCUCGCUUUUGUCGUUGGUUUUGUUGUUCUGUUCACUCUGUUUGCGUUGAUUUUGUGGGGUGCCAGUCGGCCUCAGAAGCCCAAGAUCACGAUGAAGAGUAUUACAUUUGAGCAAUUAGUGAUCCAAGCUGGUUCUGAUUUUACGGGCGUGGCGACGGAAAUGGUUUCCCUGAACUCCACUGUGAAAUUCACGUAUCGUAACACGGCGACGUUUUUCGGGGUCCAUGUGACAUCAACGCCGCUAGAUCUGUCAUACUCCCAACUCACGUUAGCCUCCGGAGCUGUGAAGAAGUUCUAUCAAUCAAGGAAGAGCCAAAGAUCGGUCGCUGUGACGGUGUCGGGGAAUAAGGUCCCAAUGUAUGGAAGCGCGGCGAGCCUGAGCAGUUCAACGGGGAAAGCGACAUUGCCCCUGAAACUGGCUUUCAUGAUUCGAUCGAAAGCGUACGUUCUGGGAAAGCUGGUAAAUCCAAAAUUCAACAAGAUGAUCGAGUGCUCGGUGGUUCUAGAUCCGAAGAAGCUCAACCGGCCGAUCUCCCUUAAGGAUGCUUGCAAAUACGAGUAAUCGAGGACAGGAAAAAUAAAUUUUCUAAAUAGGAAAGUGAAGAAAACAGCUAAGCGGGUAGAUUUUGUGUUGUGGAGGUAGACCAUAGUGACGCGGUUUUGGGCAUUUUGGUGGCCCAGCUUCUGCGGCGUGGAGAACAGGUUGGACUGAAUAGGCUGGCGCAUGUGAGGGAUGACUUUUGAAAGGACAAGGGAUGUUCUAAAAUUUAAAAUUGGAUUAUGUUGAGAAUGAUUUUUUUAUUGUAUUACAAGUUACAAGUAAUGUAAUUUCAUUCUUUUGUAAUUGCACUGUCAUUUGAAUGAGUAAUUACUUAUAUUAAAA